AUGAAGAAUGUGCAAAAUACUCAAGAAAGAAACGAUGAGCGCCUGGUGCAACUAAAUGAAGCAAAUAGGGGCAUAGCACGAAAUGAUGAUUUGUGGAUGGGACAAACAGUCCUAUAUUGCAAUAGAACCAGGGAAAACAAAUUUGAUGAAAGAUUCUCGCACUCAUUUAGAAUCACCAAAAUCCAUAGGCUUGGAACUUAUACAAUCAUCAACAUGACGUCCGACCUGAAGAUUAGAGCCGCCGGGAAUGACAUUAAACCGUACACUCUGGAAGAUGCAGAAAUACUCUUCGCAGAGCCUCCAGAAAGCUGCUCUAAGGCAGGAAGAGUGUGGACGAUCGGACCACAGAUAAGAUUCAAAGUACCUGGUCCACUAGCACCAGAUGAUCAAUCAGACUAG